AUGGGGACUCUCAGAGAUCUUCAGUUCGCACUUCAGUUGAAGAUUGAGGAGUUACGGCAGAGAGACGCUCUCAUCGACGAGCUGGAGCUCGAGCUGGACGCUAAAGACGAUCUGAUCCGCCGCCUGCAGGGGGAGCUCGACCGUCUGCGGCUCUCAGCGGCUGGUCAACAACCUGCUUCUUCCCUGAGAGUGAGGAGAAAAGCUCUGCUAACAGAACCAGUUACCUUGGAGCUGAAACUAGUCUUACAAAACCCACCAAUCAGCCACAGCAAGAGUCAAGAGUCACAGCGGCUGAUAGAAUCGGCUCUAGCAGAAAAUGAGUGUAUGAAAUAUCUAGUCAGGGAUCAGAUGCGCUGUUUGGUGGAUUCUGCCUAUCCCAUAACGCUCAAACAGGGUGUGAGUGUUGUCCAGGAAGAGGAUAAUGGGACCCAGGCAUACAUAGUUGAAGAGGGAAAACUGGAGGCAUCCAGGGCUGGCCAGAGGCUGCACAUCAUUGAGCCGGGGAUGAUGUUCGAAGAACAGGCCCUCAUUCAUAACCACACCUGCUCCAGUACUGUCACAGCUCUGGUCAACAGCAGGCUGUGGGUGAUGGAGGGUCAGGUGUUUCAGAGGAUCAUGCAGAGGAAUGGACUCGCUGCUAUCACACAGUCUUUGCACUUCCUGCGCAGUGUGGCACUGCUCUCUGAGUUUCCAGAGAAUGUUCUCAUGAAAGUGUCAGAUGCACUGGAGGAGUCUCAAUACAGUAAUGGUGAUUAUAUAAUUCGAAAUGGAAAUCCAGGAGACAAAAUCUUCAUUCUGAGUCAAGGCCAGGUGAAAGUAUUAGAGAAACACUCAGCCAGUGAGGAGAGUAUGAUGGCGUCUGUCCUCACCAGAGGGGAUUGUUUUGGAGAGAGAGGAGAUGACGAGAGGUCGGUGAGUGCACUUGCCGCAGGCGAUGUGACAUGUUUGGUCAUAGACAGAGAGGUUUUCAAAAAAGUAACUGGAGGCUUGGACGACGCCAGAGAAAAUCCUACCAACAAAGCCAGAUCGAAGGCAGAUGAAGAUGGGUCUGCGUUUGGUGAAACGUCUCUCUGCAGUUUUCAGGUGCUGUGUAAUCUGGGGGAAGGACAGUACGGUCACACUCAGCUCGUCCAUUUGAAGAGUGACUCCAGCUGUAAGUUUGCAUUGAAGACCAUACGAAAACAGGUGAUACAGAGCCCAGGCCAAAGAGAGAGGAUACUUGCAGAGAAACACAUCCUGAUGGAUCUCCAAAGUCCAUUUAUAGUAAGGUUGCAUUGCACGUAUAAAGAUGAUCGGUGCCUGUAUAUGCUGAUGGAAGCUUGUGAAGGUGGAGAUCUGUGGAAUUUACUGAGAGAGAGGGGGUCACUGGAAGACGACGCUGUUCGCUUCUACACAGCAUCUGUGCUGGAAGCUCUUCAUGUACUUCACACCAAAGACAUUGUUCACAGAGACCUGAAACCUGAAAAUGUGCUACUGGACCAGCGAGGAUAUGCUAAACUGACAGGGUUUGGUUGUGCUAAGAAGCUGGGCUCUUUGCACAGAGCCUGGUCAUUCUGUGGAUCUGUGGGUUAUCAGCCUCCAGAGGUCAUUCUGCGUCAAGGUCACGGUCUGUCUGCAGAUCUCUGGGCUCUAGGGAUGUUGCUGUAUGAACUGCUCAAUGGCAGUCCCCUGUUCUCUGGCUCUGAGCAACUGAAGGUUUCUACAGCAGCUCUGAAGGGAAUAGAUGAGCUAGAGUUCCCCAAAACAAUCAGCAGGACUGCAGCACAUCUCAUCAAGAGCCUCUGCAGGCUGAACCCCUCAGAGAGGCUGGGCCAGAGGAACGCGGUCAAGGACAUCUGCAAACACGUGUGGUUUGAAGGCUUCGACUGGGAAGGACUUCAGAAGGGCACAAUGACUCCACCAGUAAUACCAAAUGUUCCUUGUGUCUCUGAUCACGGAGGAUCAUCACUCCUGCCAGAAACCCACAUUGAAGCAGCACCAUUGGAUGAUUCUGGCUGGGAUGUAGACUUUUGAUU